AUGGCGACCCCUCAUAGUCCUUUGCUUUUAGCUGUUUCUGAUGGUCACUGUUCUUCUCCUUCGCUUUCACCGUUUGAAAACAAAUUAGGAGGUUUUCCAGAUUUCUUUCCAGAAGUAGUCCUCUCUGUUCCUCCAUCUUGUUCCAGCUGCAAUGGAUUCAUGCUCCACCUACUUCAGGCCUACUGUCCACUAGAAGGCUCCCCAUAUCACAGACUACUUCACAUUUUUUGUUGCAGUCAGCCAUCUUGUUGGUCACACAAAAGUGGGUGGUUAGUCUUACGGUCUCAAAAGAGGGACACCCCCUCACAACUUGAGGCGGGAGAAGGCCCACCUGUAAAUACUAGCAUUGGCUAUGAAUGGUGUGAUGACGCUCAUGAUUGGGGAACUGAAACUAAUGAAGAGCUAUUACAUGGUACCUUACCAUUAUCCAGUGAUAUAUCAACAGUCACUGAUUCAUUUGAUCAAUUAAACAUUAGUGGAGCUGAUCAAAUCAAUACAGUAUCAGUAAAUACUACUACUAAUCCAUACUAUCAUAGCAAUGGUGAUUCUUUGUGUUACCCAUCGUAUUACAUAAGUGUAUUACCAGUCAGUGAACUUAUCAUCAAUGAAGUGUCAUCGAGUGAUAGUAGAGAGAUAGAGCUAAUGGAAGCUUAUUAUAAAGAGAAUCCACAAUGGCAAGAAGAAAGGGGAGAAGGAGGAGGAGGAGGAGAGGGGUAUGAGAGGGUCACUGAUGUUCACAGAAGGUUCUUAAAAUUUAAGGAAGAGAUGACAAAAUGCCCACAGCAAUUAGUCAGGUAUCAGCGUGGUGGUCAGCCCCUGUCAUUACAAGACAUUAACGAGAUUCCUUCAUGCAAUCACUGUGGUGGCCCACUUGUAUUUGAGCUGCAACUACUGCCACAGAUCAUAUACUUGCUUCAGGAGGAUCUGAAAUUUCAGGACCACGUACAAGGGGCCUUGAGACUACCAGUGGUGGAAUAUGGUACUGUCCUUGUGUUUACUUGUAGCAGUAGCUGCUGGAAGGAAGGAAAGAAUGGAUUCCAAACUGAAUGUACUGUCAUACAGCAAGUGGAUGAAGAGCAUAUGCACUACUGAUGACUAUCAGAAACUUCUGUUGUUGUUAUUAUUAUUAUUGAAGUUUUAUUUUAUGAUUAUAAAUCAGAAAAACUGAUAAAUCAAUGUUGAUAAAUGAUAA